CACCACAACAUAAUGAAACAUUUCUUGAAUGUUAUAGCGUAAUUUCUAGAAAAUUCGUAACAACAUCGAGAAAAGCAACAAAUCAAAGAAACCAAGAUGCUUGAUGAUUGGAGACAAAAGUAUAGUCUGGAAACAGUGGAAAGGUGCCUUCCAUUGGGAUCUGUGAAUCCCAUUUUUUUCUUCCAUUACAUGAGCAGCUGGAUCCUGCUUCAAGAAUGAGAAAUCACUUGGCAGUAGAUGUACUUGACAAAAAAAUGCUUAUCUUGAUGCGGGUUAGCAUUACAACAAUAGUCAAUGGUGAACUGUUCAAUGUUAAUCUUUGGCAGAGUUAUCGAGAUCACAUCAUGGCAUCAAUGGAAGACCAAGAGCUCAACAAUGGAACCCCCUUGGACUGUGCACUUCAACUAUUUCAACACACUGUAGAAAUUGUGGACUUGUUCAACUCUAAAUGUCCACUAACAAACAUCAAUGACAUCAGGCUGAGAACGUUGAACCGUUUUUCUUUUUUCAUGUUGGAUUGGAGAGAGAACUGAGUACAGAUGACAAUAGCCCAUUAUUUUCUGAAUUACCCUUGGCCUCAUUUUCAAAACGAGUCCUGGUGCUCAUCCUUUCAUAUGAUAGUAAGUUUUCAU